GGGCAGCCUGGUUGGAAACUGACCCACCUCUUGUCUCCUUUCUUGCGGCCGUGGUCUUCUCUCCUGAGCAGAAGAAGCUGUGGAAGGUACGGAGCUCGGGCAGAGGGAGGGCCAGAAAAGAGAGAUCCCGGGAAUCCAGUAUCCUGUCACUGCCCCUCACUCCCAGCUGAGCCAAGAUCCAUGGCUCCUAAAUGGGAAUCAGUCCUAGCCUUGGUUGCUCAGGUCUUAGGCAAAAGGUUUAAACCUGUCUCGACUGUCCAUCAUUUUGUUCACACAGAAUUGCCACUUUUUCCAAUUAAUUAUUUUUUUGAUUUUUUUCUCUAAUUUUUUUUCAACCAUGGUAAGUUUUAAAUGCAUGUACAAGUAGCAAAAAUAGAAUUACGCACCACCCUGCUUCCCCAAAUGCCCAGCAUCUGGCUUUAACAAUCAUCAACUAUGGCCAAUCUUUUUUCAUCUAUGCUUCAUCUCCCCUCACUUAUUUUAGAGCAGACAUCCCAAAUCAUCCUCAGACUUCAUAUCAUUUCAUGCUUAAAGUUCAGUAGGUAUCUCUAAAAGAUAAGCACUAUUUAAAGAAAAACAUAACCAUGACACCAUUAUCACCCCUAAAAACAUUCAGCUUAAUAAUUUUUCAAAUGAGAUUAUGGAAGUGUUCAGUUAUCUGAAACAUUUUUAAAAAGAUUUUAUUUAUUUAUUUGAGAGAGAGAGAGAGAGCACGAGUGGGGAGGAGGAGAGGUAGAGGGGGAGGGACAGGCAGAUUCCCCAGUGAGCAUGGAGCCCGACGCUGGGCUCGAUCCCUGAGAUCACGACCUGAGCUGAAACCUAGAGUUGGACGAAUAACCAACUGCGCCACCCAAGCGCCCCUCUGGAAUAUUUUAGAUAAGCAUGAAGACAUCAUUAUCUUUCGAAAGUCCAUUUUGACCCAUAGACCCGUUCCUACUCUGAUCUGUUCUCACAAUUCUUUCCUUAGCUUUAUGCCUCAUAGCCCAAUGAAAGAACACCCUAACCUUUCUCUCUUCCUGAGUGCUUGACACAUGGAAGUGACUAAGAGGCCUCACUCCAGUCCCCACCCAGCCCCCCAAGUGGCCCAGAAUAGCCCUCAGUCCCCUCAGGCUUCUGUGCCCCAGGCGGGUUUCAUCCUGCCCCUUAGAGGCUCAGCAAAUUCUUAGAAGUAUCAUUUCAGCACACAGCGUGUGGACAUCAGGAGAAGGGGCUCCCUGAAGGUCUAGGGAGAGAGCCAAGCGCUUCAGUAGCUGUCCCCCUUCUUCCUUAUGCCUUCUAGGGCAAACGAGGAGCCUCUCACACAUUUAAGGCUAUUCUAGGGUGCCUGGCCAAAGAGUAGACACCGGAGCAACUCACGGGGGAAACUAAGAGGGGUCACUGGAGUCACCUUGGUUUUCAAGGAACACCAAAUAUGUCAGAAGCUGUCUGAAAUAUUUUUUGAAUCAAAAAUCUAGCUGGCUCCACUUUUUUGUUGUGUUCCCUGCACAUACUCUCGAUACGGUGGCUUUUCCUCUGCUUUGGAGGACUUGCCGGCUCGUGAAUUUUAGGGGGUGGUAUUUGAGAUACAGACCUUUGAAUUUGGGACUAAUCUGCCUGCUAUGCACAGUAGGCUUUGGCUGUGAAUUAACAAAAUAAUUCUCUGCUGCGACGGUGGACUGAACUCCAUGUAGCAUCUGCCUUGCUUGCAAGGAAUGGACUCCACCUGCCUCCCACAUAGCUAAGUCCCCAGCUAUAAAUGAGCAAGAAGGAGCAAGGUCUAAAUGGAUGGCCACUGAGCCUACAGAAUGGACAACAGCUUCUCUCUUCUUCCAGGAGAGAAAGAGUACCAAUUGCUGUAAGCGCUUCCUUUGGGCAGGUAUUUGCUGACUGUGUGCUGGUCUGUUCCCUGUGUUAUAAUGCUGUGCCUUCCUUUGACGGGGCUACUCCCUUCAGCCAGACCAGGCACAUCUGCCCUGUGCCGUGCUCUCCAGUGGGGCUUUCACAACUGUGGCUCCUGGAAACUGGAGAUGUUCUGUGGGAUAUCAGAGAGGCUCAUUCAGGGUAGGAACAUGGGAGAAACUGGAUGGCAGUGCAUUGUUCCCACUCUGCUCUUCGGGGCCUCUGUCUCCGUGUCUGGAAGCAGAGCCGGAAACGGCCGGUUACCGCUUACUGAAUGACUCCCAAGUGCCAGGUAACAGCUGGGUGCUGCAUGCAUGGUAGAUCAUUUCUUUUUCUUUUUUUUUUUUUUUAAGAUUUUAUUUAUUUAUUUGAGAGAGAGAAUGAGAGACAGAGAGCAUGAGAGGGAAGGGGGUCAGAGGGAGAAGCAGACCCCCCGCCGAGCAGGGAGCCCGAUGCGGGACUUGAUCCCGGGACUCCAGGAUCAUGACCUGAGCCGAAGGCAGUCGCUUAACCAACUGAGCCACCCAGGUGCCCGAUCAUUUCAUCCUUACGUCGACGGAGAAGGGAGGAUGAUUAUUUCCAUUUUACUGACAAGGCACCUGGGAAGCUGCUGAGAAGGGACUUGCCCAAGUUGCUAGACGUGGUGAAUCAGGAAUUGGAACUGGAGCUUAAGUCCAAAGCUCACGCUCAAAACCAUGCCCUGUCCCGCCGCUCCCGUCCCCAUCCUUCUGCUCCCAGACUAACCUGUCUCGCUUCUCCCCUUUGCUGCGGCCACUCCCUGACCCCCAGAAGAGGAGGACUGGAGAGAGGACGAAGACGGAGGCCGCCACAUGUCAGCCCAUCCGUCAGUGAGCAUUCCCCAACACCUUCUACAGGCAGAGCCGCGUGCCGGGCGUCAUCCUGUCUUAUCUGUCUAUUCCAAGUGCCUGACUUGGGUGGUUCAUAUCCUACCAAACAGAGGGAUGAAAAUAGAAAAAUCCUACCAACUCUGGACAGUACAAAUGUCUACAGGGUGGGCAUCUCAUCCACCCACCCACAGUCUUGCUGGUUUGGUUUCUUUUAGAUACAGCUGAAGGGUCCCUAGAGUUCCUGAGUUCAGGGCAGGAGCUUUCCCAACACCGCACCUUAAGCAGGAUACAUCCUGUGGUGUCAGAUGCCUGGGUGGAACAUUUGGGGUGGAAAGUUGGGGAAUGGGGUGGAAUCACAUUUCCAGGGAGGCUGUUGGGGAAAGACGCUAAGUCAGGCAGAAACAGCUAUUAGCCACCAGACCUCCCCGCCCCCAGCAAUGAGCCUUGCCAGGCCUGCAAGCCCUUCUCCGCGGGUACCCACGGCACCUACCACACCCUAACGCACUCCUACCUCAGACUUCUGGCCCUCCCAGUGGCUUUCAGGUAGAGAACAGGUCUCCAUGCUCAGAAAGGCCCAAUUCCAGUUCCCAAACUCUGGGAGAGGCAAGUGUUGAACAAAAGGACUCUUCACAGGCCGGAUCAUGCCCUUCUGUCAUGGUUGACCAGGGUCAGCAAACAUUUUCUGUAAUGGAAGCAGAUAGAAAUAUUUUAGGCUUCGUGGGCCCCACAGUAUCUGUUGCAACUACUGAACUCUGCUGCAGUAAGGCAAAGGCUGCUAGAGGCAGUGCCUACAUGGAUGGAUGUGGCUGUGUUCCAAUAAAACUUUAUUUACAGAAACAGUCUGGGGGCCAGGUUUGGCCCUUGGGCCAUAGUUUGCCAACUUCUGGUUUACACCCGGAACUGAGCAGCCCCUUGUCAUUCAUAUCGGUGACCCCAAAAUUCAUCUGGAUCCUGGGUGUUGCUAACUUCCGUCCCGAGCCUUCUCUGAUCUGGGUUCUGCCUGCUAGCCUAAGUAGGGGCCUGGGUGUUCACUGUGUCUGGCUCGCUUCUCCAGAGCAGGAAGAGGUGGCAGCAGAAGAGGCUGAAGGUGAGGCUGAGACGGAGGAGACCAAUGCAGAAGGAGAUCGACAAGAAGGGGAGGCUAAAGAAGCUGAAGAUGGCCCAGUGGAGGAGUCCAAACCAAAGCCCAGGCCAUUCAUGCCCAACUUGGUGCCGCCCAAGAUCCCCGAUGGGGAGAGGGUAGACUUUGAUGACAUCCACCGGAAGCGCAUGGAGAAGGACCUGAAUGAACUACAGACGCUGAUCGAGGCUCACUUUGAGAACAGGAAGAAAGAGGAGGAGGAGCUCAUCUCACUCAAAGACAGAAUUGAGAAGCGGCGGGCGGAGCGGGCCGAGCAGCAGCGCAUCCGGAAUGAGCAGGAGAAGGAGCGGCAGACUCGCCUGGCUGAAGAGAGAGCCCGACGAGAGGAGGAGGAGAACAGGAGGAAGGCCGAGGAUGAGGCCCGGAAGAAGAAGGCUUUGUCCAACAUGAUGCACUUCGGGGGCUACAUCCAGAAGACGGAGCGGAAAAGCGGGAAGAGGCAGACAGAGAGGGAGAAGAAGAAGAUGAUUCUGGCUGAGAGGAGGAAGGUGCUGGCCAUCGACCACCUGAAUGAAGAUCAGCUGAGGGAGAAGGCCAAGGAGCUAUGGCAGAGCAUCUACAACCUGGAGGCAGAGAAGUUCGACCUGCAGGAGAAGUUCAAGCAGCAGAAAUACGAAAUCAAUGUUCUCCGAAACAGGAUCAAUGAUAACCAGAAAGUCUCCAAGACCCGCGGGAAGGCCAAGGUCACCGGGCGCUGGAAGUAGGGGCAGCAGUUCCCCCUCACCAAAGAUCCUCGCUGUGUCCCCGCCCUGCUCGCCCCCAGCUUCUGGGGCCCUCCUGGGCAUGGGAGGCAGACUCAGGUCUGGAAACCAGGAGCUGGCCCGGCUGGGAGCUGCUGUUCGUGCCUGUACCCCCACAUGCCCACGCAUGCCGAUAAUAAAAGCCAGCACGCAUCUCCUGCCUUGUCUGUCA